GUUAAAAUUUAUGUUGAGAGACGCUGGAGUUGAAUAGACACAUUAAUUAAUUGACAAGAUAGAAAUGAGAGUAAAAAACUUUCUUAAGACUCAAUCUACUAAACAAAUUCAACCAUUACAAUUAAACAAUUCAAAUUUAGACUUCAAUAAUAGACAGAUAUCCAUGUAUUCCAAAAAGGAAAAAGGAGACUCCCACAUUUUCAGUCAAUUAGAAAAUAUUCCUCCAUAAAAAUAAUUGACUUAAUGUUCUAGAACUUCAGAUUGCUAAAUUCCACUAUUGAAAGAAAUAUAAGAAAUUGAUCAAUCGUACAAAAUAGAAAUUGAUUAAUUAAAAAAUACUAUCGUUCAACUAAAAUCGGUGAUUGAAGAACUAAAAGAAUGUGUUACAGGAUUAACAUAAUAGUUAGACUUAAAAUAAAAGUAAGCAUUUUAUUAACUUUAGAGAAGUUGAUUAAAUAAAUAAAGAAAAUGAAAAUAAUAAAGUUUUAGUUUAGACCUUGAGAGAUGAAAAUACAUAUUUAACAAGAGAAAUACAAUAAUUAAUGAAUGCACAAAAUCCUAACAAUCCAAAGGUCAGUUCUUUAACAAUUGAGGUUUAAGAAGAGAAAAAGAGAAGCGAAAAAUUGUAAUUAGAAAUAAGCGAAAUUAAAUAGAGAGUUGAAAAACAAAGAGAUUCUGCAAAAACAAAUUCAGAUUUCUAGAUAAUUGAAAAAUUGGUUCAUAAACUAGAAGAAGCCCAAGAAUAAUAACAACGUUAGAAUUAAUAGUUUAUGAAAUACGUUAUACAAUAUUUGGAUAAAUAAUAAACCUAAUAAAUUAGACCAAGUUCAACAAUAUUAUAAAGUAAUCACAAAAAAUAAAAGUCUAGUUUAAAGAAAAAAUGA